GACAGGGAACUGGCAGCUUUCUGUCCGAAUGUUGACAUUUUUAUAUAUUUGAAAAAAUGUCGAAAGUGGAGUUUAAACAAGAUAUGCCCCCACAGGGGGGCUAUAAUCCAAUCAAUUUUAAAAGAGUUCCAGCCAAAACUUUAUUUGGAGGAUGGGCCUUAAUCGGGGGCUACAUUGGCAUGACUGCAGGAGCCGCGUAUUUAUAUUAUUUAAAUGUCAAGGCGGUACAAACUCGAGAACUUGAAUUAAAGGGCGCCAGCUUAGCGCUUUAUCCGAUACUUAUGGCUGAAAGAGAUCGCGAAUAUCUGAAGCAAUUACGAAGAAAUAGAGAUGAAGAACGUGAAUUAAUGAAGAAUGUUGAGGGAUGGAAAACGGGUACAUGGUAUGGUGAACCCAUCUACAAAACUAAAGACAAAGAUACUCUUAUUCAUCCCGUAUUCCAUGAAUAUUACAUUCACAGUUCUUAUAAGGACUACACUGUUCGUGCAAACAUUGGUUUGAUGUCUUAAAUAUUAAUUAUAUUGUAAUUUAGUAGCGAAAUUUAAAUAUUAAAUUGU